AUUUUCAAUACAUCUCUAACAACGUGACUAUUGAUUUCUACGCCCUAAUUAGGAGGAGUUUAAUAUGCAUCGUGCCAUCAACCAAGCUCAAUCAUUUCGAAAUUUCUUUCACGUUUUCUUUUUGUUUUGCGCAAUAAAGAGCACAAGUUCGAACAUAGAGUAACGCAGAUGAAGAAGGCCACAAGAAUCGUUUCAAUCUUCGUGAUCUCGAUGCUCUGUUUCCAAGAACUCAUCCACGUUUCUUCGUCACCUUUCUUGUACGCACACCAGGUCUAUGAGGAAUCUUCUGGUGGAAGAAAUCUUAAACAGGAACAGGAACAGGAACAGAAACAUGCUCAAGAAGUGCAUUGCUCCAGGGAGAGAAGUAGGGCAGCUCGGAAAGUGAUAGAGGAGAUCCAUGAAUAUUGUUUAAAACAUGUGCUAAUUUGGAAACACGUAGUUUCAGUAUAUCAGUAUUUGACACCAUUUAUGGAACGAGAAAACUACCAACUUUCAAGUAAGUGCAAACUUCACCCUGAAAAUGAUAUAUUCACGGAUCAGGAAGAGCAUAAAAUUUACAUAGAUCGACAUGAAUGGCGGUGUGGAUAUUGUAAGAAAAGCUUUCGUGAAGAAAAAUUUCUUGAUCAGCAUUUUGACAGCAGACACUACAAUUUUCUGAAUCUAAGUCAUGGUAAGUGCUUGGGUGAUUUAUGUGGCGCAUUGCAUUGUGAUGCUGUGAUGAAUUUCAAAUCCUCUAGAAGCAAGUGCAAUCCGGCAGCUGCUGCAAGAAACCGUCAUCUAUGCGAGAAUCUUGCUGACAACUGUUUUCCUAUAAGUGAGGGUCCAUCAGCAGGCCGCCUUCAUGAAUUGUUUCUGCACCAAUUUUGUGAUGCUCACACUUGCUCAGGGAAACAUAAACCCUUCUCUAGAGGAGGCAAGGAUCAAAGUAGUUUCUUCCGCCUGGCUGCUGGAGCAUUGAUCUUGGUGCUACUUCCUGUGUUCUAUCUUUUUCUUUAUUUGGUACAAAGUGAUGUGAAGAGUCGAACCCAAGAGCUUCGUCGGAUCUCAAAAGCUGGAUGGAAAUCAAAACCAUCAUGAUUGGGCCACUAAAAGACUAGUUGAGGAUGAACUGAAGAGACUUUUAUUUGGUUUGGAGCACAAUUACACAAGUUUUGGAAGCCAUUUAAACAGCCAAUGGUGCUUUUAAACGUACUCAGUUCAACAGUGUUAUCUUCAUGUUAGAAUUGAAGAUGAGCUUAUUGGUUAGUGAACAUUUGAAUGCUCAGCAGUGCAGUUAAACGUCCCAUGCUACGUUGAUAAGAUUUAGCUACUGACUGUGUGCAUUUAAAUGUCGUCCAACGGGACAUUUAAACGUACUCAGUUUACUUAGGUUGAUGCAAAAAAUUGUUCCUAACUUUGUAGACUUUUGAUAGGUGGAAAACACUAUGUAACACACAAAACACUUUUGCUAUUCUCCGCUCUGGGAAUACAGGUUUGUGCAUAUCAAACUUGAAAACUUCAAAGGGCCAAUCUCAUGAAAUUACUAAUGGAUACCACUUCUUUAUGAUCUCUUCUAUCGAUUUUUGGUUCUUUUUAGAUGUAUCACUAAAUUCAUAGGUUGGGGAAAGCAGAAUGAUUGAUUCCUCUGAUUUUAAUUCUAUUCUUCACAUGUAGGUAUCCAUAUUCUUUCUUUUCUUGAUCUAUUACUUGCAUUCAGUUAACUAGAUAGAAGAACUGCACUCCCAUAUCACUACUUAAACUGGGUCAGGACCAAUCAUGUUGAUUGUCUAUCCGAGCCAGCUUUAACAAUUGGUUUGAUUUUUUAAUCAUACUUUAUUUUCUCAAUGGAGACGCCUCGAGCCUCAAGUUCUAUUGUGAAAUACUUUUUGUUUUCUUCUUACCAAGGUAGUUGACUUGCUUACUUGUCAGAGUAUGGAAAGCAGACAUUGUGAAUCUUCACUUCAAUCAUAGGAAGCAGAGAGGACCGUACUUUGGAUACCGUAAGGCACAUACAAUAGCACAAAAAGCGUCAUCCUAUUCAAUUCUCAUGUGAUUUGAUUUGUUUCAUGUUAAUUCUUGAUUUUGUCAUUCAACUGAGUGGAUUGUUCUGUUCAUAAUGAGAUUCAAUCUCUUAAUUGGAAACUUGGUUAUUGAGUUGAAUCUUA